AUGCAAACUCAAACUAUGCUUAUAGUAGGUUUUAUAUGGAUUCUAGCAAGUAUUUCUUAUUGUAGUGGAGAUACAUGCUAUUGCAGAUGCUGUGCCGGUAAUUCUUGUACACCAAAUUUACAAGGCACCGUUACCAUUCCAUCAUGUGAUUCAUCUUGCAAAUCUGAAUGUCAAAGCAAAUAUCCAACACAAUGUACAAGUGGAUCCGGUAGUGCCAAUUAUCAAUGUACGAGUGGUGGAGGUGGCGGUGGCAGUGCAACUCCUAACUGGACUGGUACAUUUGUUGUACAAAACAGAUGUGACAAAAUUUCCUGUUGUUGUCCUGCUAACGAGCUAAUUCUUUCAUCUGCAAGUGCGAAUACACUGCGUGUUCAAAGUCAAUUUACAUGUCCUGAUGCAACAUUUCCGCUUAACGACAUCAUUCAGACUCCUAGUGGUUUCAGUACCACGCUAUUAUGGGCUGGAGAUCUAGUUCAUAUUACAAUUAGUCAAGACAGUCGUACGAUUCAAUUGAACAAUGCAGUAUCUCCUGAAUGUAGCGAAGUUGUUGUACGAAAUGAACCUCAACCGACCUCAACAACUGGAGGUACAUCCAGUGCUACCAUCAAUUUGACAUUCGUUCCUCUGUUGGUUGGAUUGAUAAUCAUCAAACUAUUUAUCAACUGA